CAUGAUACAUACUUACCUGGACGGGGUCAAUGGGCGAUCAUGAAGACCCAUGGCCUAGGUUGGUGACCUUCAUUGCACAUUGAAGGGGCGCCCGCCUAAGGUCGACCCAAGUGGUUGAGCCUACGUCAUAAUUUGUUGCGGAGGGGGCCUGCGUUCGCGCGGCCCCUGCCAAUUCUAUUACAAGUUUCUUUCUUGUAGGGUUGUACUACAGAAGCAGUGAGAUUCUUUAAUUCCAGGUUUAAUGCAAUACUAAUGAAGUUUCUCUGUGUAAUCUCAAUGCAUUUUGUUACUUUGGUUGUUCGAGUCUCUUUAUUAAGUACUUACUUUUAGCAUGAGAAGUGUUUUGAGGUCUUUUGUUAAUUUGGUUGUUCGAGUCCCUUAGUUAAGUCCCUACUUUCAGCAUGAGAAGUGUUAUGAGGUCUCUCUUAUCCAACUCAAGAGAAAACUUGAAAGAUAAUGUACACAAGAUCGUCUCUGUUUUGAAUGACUUCAUUGAAAAGAGAUUAAUAGUCCAAGGGGCCGUGUUUCAUGGGCAUUUGAUAAAAAAAGGUGUGUCAUCACAGAAAAACAUUGCCGCUAAGUUGCUUAUUAUGUAUCUUAAAUCCAGAAAGCCAAAUGAAAUUAAUCAGAUGCUGAAGGAGUUUGAGGGGUUCAACUUAGUUGUACAUAAUUGUCUUAUUACUGCUAAUAUUGAAUGGGGAAAACUGCACGAAGCUCGUAGACUGUUCGAGGAAAUGCCUGAGAGAAAUGAAGUUUCUUGGACUGCUAUAAUUUCGGGGUUGUUGAGGUCUGGAAAAGUUGAAGAGGCAAUAUUGUACUUUGAGAAAAACCCAUUUCAGAAUCUGUUUUCGUGGACAGCAGUUAUCAGUGGGCUUGUUCAAAAUGGGCUAAGUUUUAAAGCAAUGAAGCUGUUUCUCGAGAUGCUUCAAUCUGGAGUUAUGCCUAAUGCUGUCACUUUUACUUCCAUUAUUAGAGCAUGUGGAGAGUUGGGUGAUUUUAAUUUAGGAAUGUGUGUAUUGGGUUUGAUUGUUAAGAUUGGUUAUGAACAUAACUUGUCAGUUUCAAAUUCUUUGAUCACGUUUAACUUGAGACUAAAUGAUACUGUUUCAGCUAGGUCAAUUUUUGAUAGGAUGCAGUGUAAAGAUGUAGUUUCGUGGACAGCAAUUCUUGACAUGUAUGUUCAGAUGGGAGAAUUGGUAGAAGCUCGUCGUGUCUUUGGUGAGAUGCCAGAAAGAAAUGAAGUUUCUUGGAGUACAAUGAUCUCGAGGUACAGUCAGAGUGGUGAUGCAGAAGAGGCAGUGAAUCUCUUCAUUUGCAUGGUCCAGCAGGGGUUUAAACCAAAUAAGUCAUGUUUUGCUAGCGUAGUCAGUGCAUUGGCCAGCCUGCAAGCUUUAGUAAUGGGAAAGAUUGUUCAUGGACAUAUAUUAAAAAUCGGGAUGGAGAGAGAUGCUUACAUUGGUAGCUCACUUGUUGACCUGUACUGCAAAUGUGGAAGCACCAAGGAUGGACAUGUAGCAUUCGACACGAUCUUGGAGAAAAAUGUUGUUUGUUGGAAUUCAUUGGUUAGUGGCUAUAGUCUCAAUAACCAGCUUGAAGAAGCUAAGGAGCUAUUUGGCAAGAUACCCCAAAAAGAUAACAUCUCAUGGAAUUCACUAAUAACAGGUUAUUUAGAGUAUGAAAAAUUUGAUGAGGUUUUUGAAGUUUUCUGUGAGAUGCUUCUGUCUGGAGAACGACCAAGUAAAUCUACUUUCUCUAGUGUUUUAUGUGCCUGUGCGAGCUUAGCUUCACUAGAAAGGGGGAAGAACUCGCAUGGUAAGGCAAUUAAACUUGGUUUUCACUCUGACAUUUUUGUCGACACUGCCCUUGUGGACAUGUAUGCCAAAUCCGGAGAUGUUGAAAGCGCUACGAAAAUCUUCAAAAGGAUGCCCAAACGCAACGAGAUUUCCUGGACAGCUAUGAUUCAAGGGCUUGCAGAAAAUGGCUUUGCAGAGGAAGCACUUGCUGUAUUUGAAGAAUUUGAAAGGACCAAGUCCAUUACACCUAAUGAGCUGCUUAUUUUAGCUGUUUUAUUUGCUUGCUCCCACUGUGGUCUAGUAGAUAAAGGACUUCAUUACUUCAAUUCAAUGAAAAAGCUCUAUAAUAUACAGCCGAACGAUAGGCACUAUACCUGUGUAGUGGACAUGCUGUCUCGUUCAGGACGUCUUUCUGAAGCAGAGAAGUUCAUCUUGGACAUGCCUUGUGAACCAGAAGUUCAAGCUUGGGCAGCUCUCUUAAGUGGUUGCAAAACAUACAGAAAUGAGGUAAUAGCAGAAAGGGUGGCGGAAAAGAUUUCGGAGCUGGCUGAAAAGCACCCUGAAGGAUAUGUGUUGCUGUCAAAUGUUUAUGCUUCAGCUGGCAGAUGGUUAGAUGUCUUAAACAUGAGAAAACAAAUGAAGGAAAAAGGACUGAGGAAAAGCGGGGGAUGUAGUUGGAUAGAAGUGCGGAACCAACCCCAUUUCUUUUAUUCCCAGGAUGGUUCUCACAAUGAGUCCAUGGAAAUUUACGGGGUUUUGGAACUAAUGAGGUCAGAAAUGCUCUCUCACAUAGAUUGCAUCAAGUUUCUCCUCCUUCUUCUUCUUCCAAUUUCUUCAACAGAGUGCAAAGUGAUCGCUGAUUUUCUCGCCGUAGAAUUGUCAGUUGAGUUGAAACGCUUUGUCUUCUCCAAUUUUGACGGUACAAUACGAAGAAAUUGGAUAAUCAUGGAUGGUUAUGCGCUUAAGUCCGUGUUGGACUUGCCUCCUGUUUUCCGUUCAACUUUCAGUUUCAGAUAUUUUAAUUCGCUGCAGAGUGAAUGCUUUCCUGCUUGUUUCCAGUCAGAUGUGAACAUGGUAAUUUCAGCGCCAACAGGAAGUGGGAAAACAGUGCUUUUUGAACUAUGCAUUUUGAGGCUCCUCUCAAGGUUUAUCUCAGGAGAGGGAAAUUUUAUUCACAUAAAGGGGUCUCUGAAGGCUAUAUAUGUUGCACCCUCAAAAGCACUGAUACAAGAGAAGCUUCGUAAUUGGAACCAGAAGCUUGGUUCAUGGGGGAUAAAUUGCUUGGAACUGACAGGGGACAAUGAGAACUACAAAAUCACAGAUAUACAGGACGCUGAUGUAAUUCUUACCACUCCUGAGAAGUUUGAUUCUGUGACUCGUUAUCGCAUAAAUGAUGGAGGUCUGAGUUUUUUUGGUGAUAUUGCAUUGGUGCUAAUUGAUGAAGUCCAUUUCUUGAAUGAUCCUCGUGGAGCAGCUUUGGAGGCAAUUGUCAGUAGAAUUAAAAUGCUUUCUCGCAAACCUGAACUGAAAUCAAGUGCUCUAGCUAAUGUCCGUUUUUUAGCUGUUUCUGCAACCAUUCCCAACAUUGAUGACCUUGCAGAAUGGCUCAUGGUCCCCAGGCAAGGAGUAAAAAGGUUUGGGGAAGAAAUGAGACCCGUGAAGUUGACUAACAAAGUUUUUGGAUACACUCCAGCAAAGAAUGACUUUCUAUUUGAAAAGCGCCUACAGAACUUUGUCUUUGAUAUCCUCAUGCAACAUUCUAGAGGAAAGUCUGCUCUAGUUUUUUGCUCAACCAGAAAAGGAGCACAAGAGGCAGCACAACAGCUCUCUCAGACAGCAAUGACCUUUGGUCAUUCAAAUCCUUUCAUCAAAAGCAGAGAGCAACAAGAAAGGUUGAGGGAAGCUUCACUAUCAUGUAGUGACAAACAAAUGCAGUCUUAUAUUCUUUAUGGUGUUGGUUAUCACAAUGGUGGACUUUCCAUGAACGACCGCAACCUCAUUGAAGGCCUCUUUCUGAAUGGUGAUAUUCAAGUGCUGUGCACUACAAAUACUCUUGCCCAUGGAAUUAAUCUACCAGCACAUACCGUUGUGCUUAAAUCAACUCAGUACUUCAAUAAGGAAAAAGGGACUUACAUGGAAUAUGACAGAUCAACCGUCCUGCAGAUGUCAGGAAGAGCAGGUCGACCACCAUUUGAUGACACGGGAAUGGUCAUAAUCAUGACCAGAAAAGAAACUGUUCACUUGUACGAGAAUUUAUUAAGUGGAUGCGAAUUGGUGGAGUCGCAAUUGCUUCCAUGUAUUACAGAGCACCUAACAGCAGAGAUUGUUCAACUGACCGUGUCAGAUAUAACAGGAGCAAUUGAAUGGAUGAAAUGCUCAUUUUUGUAUGUUAGAAUAAGAAAGAAUCCAGAGAAAUAUGCAGUAAGGAAGGGGCUAACUGGCGACCGUUUAGAGAGGCAUAUGCAAGAUAUUUGUGUUCAGAAUGUAAAUGAGUUGUCAAGGUAUCAAUUGAUUUGGACAGAUGAAGAUGGUUUCCUCUUAAAGCCUCUUGAACCUGGAAAGUUGAUGACGAAAUAUUAUCUGAAAUUCAAUACGAUGAAGCACAUCAUGCAAGCCCCUGGAAGCUGUAGCAUAGAGGAUGCACUUCAAAUCAUUUGCCGUGCUGAGGAACUUAGCUGGAUACAACUGAGGCGCAAUGAGAAGAAGCUCCUGAAUGACAUAAACAUUGACAAAGACAAUAGGCUCCGGUUUCACAUCCUUGGGGAUAAAGAGAAGAGAAAAAAGAGGGUCCAAACCAAAGAAGAGAAGAUAUUUGUUUUGGCAAACGACUGCUUAACGGGGGACCCUUUGGUCUUUGAUUUAUCCCUUAGCCAGGACGUGAACUCUAUAUGUGCAAAUGGCUAUAGAAUUGCAAAGUGCAUGAAAGAGUAUUUCCUAUACAGGAAGAACUAUCGAGGAGCUUUGAGUUCAGCACUUCUAACCAAAUCCUUGUAUCAAAAGGUCUGGGAUGAUAGUCCAUACUUGCUGAAACAAUUACCUGGUAUUGGAAUGGUGACAGCAAAGGCACUUCAUUCAAUGGGAGUAAAAUCAUUUGCCUCACUCUCCGAUGCAGAUCCAAGGAAAAUAGAGAUGGUCACUGGAAGAAAAUAUCCUUUUGGGAAUCAUAUAAAAGAGUCAUUACUAUCGCUACCCCCAGAAAUUGAGAUGAGGGUUGAGGAAACUGAGAGCCAAAGGCAAGGGAAGUCCAAGGUUAUGGUAACACUGACUAGGUUGUCACAACCUGCUCAAACAACUAAACGACAUUAUGCUGAUAUGGUGGUUGGCGUUGAAGAAGAUAAUCUGGUACUGUUUCAUGAGAAAAUUAGGGUGGAUGAAUUUCCUAGCCCUUAUAGCAAGACAGUUAUGGUGCCGAGUCCUCAGCAAGGGAAGCUGACUGUUAAAGCAGAUCUGAUAUUUGAUGAAUUUAUUGGUGUUGAUCUGCAUCAAAAGGUUGUAUUGAUAAACAUGGUUGACCAUAAUUUUGUGAUGAAGUACAGAACCAAGCAACCCUCUUCCUUCCAGAACAAUGAUGCCUGCAUCAUAGAGGACACACAAGAUGCAGCUCAAGCAUCAUGCCAAGUGUCUCACAGUUUAACUGAAGCUGGUUGGAGCUCAGACAUGCCCAGUUUCAAGCUAAUAGAUGAAGAUCUAGACGAAGUGGUACUUGCUGCUGCGGUUGAAGAUGAUGAAUGCAGAAUCAUAAACGAAAAUACAAUAUUUGACCAUAUACGUGAAAAGGCUAAAAACCUCCCUGCUUUGACCUCACUGAAAGGUACACGUUUACCAUCAUUAGAGACUUUGAAUCUCAUCAGAAAGCGCACUCGCGAGAAGCAGCUUCUUCUUGAGAAUGCUGUAGGAGUAUCUGAAGAAUUGAGAAGAACCAAAGUCCCAUGUCACAACAUGGUCAUUCAAUCUGCAGAAUACAUUGAUCUAGAAGAAAAUAGACCAUUUUCUAACAAAGAUCAGAUACCAUAUAGCCAUCACGUCUCUAAUGCCAUUUACCUGCCUGAUGAGAGAGGUGAGCUUUUCUUUGAAACUGGGAGUGUUCCAUCUGAAACAAUUGCUGAAGAAACGAUAUUCAAAUAUAACCCUAUAGAUUCUGAGAUGUUCCACAGCUUUGAGAAUGUGAAGAACACAGAACACAAGUUACACAGUGUGGCCAAUGGAACCUGCAUAAUUCACCAACCUGAGCAUUAUUCUUCCAGCUUUGGGUUUCAAGAGACAACUCCAACAAAAGUUACGAAAGAUGCAGCAAGUAAACAAAUUGAAGAGGUUGAGGAUCUAACUCUUCAUGGACACACCCCUGGUACAAGUGAAAAAACUGAUCUUUUUAUGGAAACCUCAAGAAAAGAUGCAGAGGAAAGAUCAAGAUUGUUGUCAGCUGCAGAUGCUUACUUUAUAAGGAAUAAAGUUGGAUAUCCACUACGUUCUCCAAGUUUCAAGGAACAAGAGGGCAUUUCUUCAGUACAAGUUGGAGAAAUCAGCCAACCUAAUUCCUUUCUUGGAUUUAAAAGCAUUUUUACAUUUCUAUUUGAAUGAACAUGGUGGUAUCUAGGAUAUGUUGAAUCCAAUGACUUGCUUUGUCAUCUAUAUUGAGAACUAUGGGUUUAAAUUUUGUUUGGUCUCCUUUGCUUGGUUAAAUAAAAUUACUUUCUCCACAGUUAUGUUCUUUGGAGGGUAUUGUGUUCUGAUUUA